CUACCCAAAAACAAAAAACCGUAGCUUCUGUUUUCCCAAACCCAAUGAGUUAGCAACUGGUCCAAUUCUUUUUCACUUUCCUUCUUCCAUUUUGUCUCUUUUCCUUUUUCUUCCCUCUUUCUCAAACUCCCAAAAUCCCCUAUUUGCUGGCCUUGAAUCAGCAUCUUUGCAAAUCCAACUUACCGUUAUCAUUGCCCAUAAUUAAUUGUUGCUCGUUUCGUCUGUGGUCGCUGUCGAUUGAGGUGGUGGUGUUAGCUAUGCCUAGCUAGCUACAGUUUAAUUUCUCUCUGAUCUUCUUCAACAUACUCACGGGUGUUCCAUGGCCGCGCUUUAAUCCAAACUCGCAGGAAACUGUCCGGAGGGGAAGGGAGGCCAGGACGAUUCUGGAGGUUUUAAGAGAGCAAAUGGACGACGGCGAUGCGGUCACGGCAGGGAGGAGGAGUUUCAAGCAGCGGCUGAGAUUGACCGGAAUAGGAUGCUGCGGCGCCGCGUGGGGAUUCGGACGGACGGCCACGAUUAACGUAGAGGAAGAUGAGGUAGGACAACAGCAACCGCGGCAACAAGAGGAGCAGCAGCUGCAGAUGCCGAACCUCUCGCAGUUGCUGAUACUGGGCCAGGCAGCCGGGUCGGAUUCGGAUCCGGGUUGCUUGGGUCCGGUCAACUCCGGGUCGGGUAUGAACCUCGCGGCGGCGCUGGCGGCGGAGAGGCAUUACCGGGAGGCGGACGAGGCCGCGGCGUUGCAGACGACGGCGCCAGGGACGCCGAUGAGGGUGUCGCUGAUGAGGUUACUGGAGGAGACGGAAAUGGACGGCUGCGAUGUGGUGGCGGGGGAGAAGAGUGAGAAAGCGACGGGUGCGGGAGUGGUGGGGUGUGAUUCGGUGUGCUGCGUGUGCAUGGGGAGGAAGAAAGGCGCGGCGUUCAUACCAUGUGGGCACACUUUUUGCAGGGUGUGUUCGAGGGAGGUGUGGCUUAAUCGAGGCUCCUGUCCCCUCUGCAACCGUACGAUCCUCGAGAUUCUCGAUAUCUUCUGACGUGCAUGGAGAUUUGCGCCGCCGUGGAAUUCAGGGAAGACGACGGUGACGGUGACUGUUGGUGAAUACUAUUGGAAGGUGUAGUAAUUCUUCUUCUUCUUCUUCUUCUUGGUCUUUGUUUUUAUAGAAAAUUCGAUUUGAUUGUUCUCAUUUGUACUCAAUAUGAUAUGUUUAUGGAUGUAGUGAUGUAAUUUUUACUCUGUUUUCUCUCCACUUGAGAAUCGAAAUGAAGCUGCAUUGAUGCAAUAGACUAUUCCCAAUGGUCUUUGUCAACUUGAUUAGUAAAUUUUCUCACUGAUGUUCUUACCAAGAACAUAGAAUAUGGGAUAUGCAUGUUAGUAUGUUACUAGU